AUGCGCUUAGGGACGCACUACCUACAAUCUGCUGCCCAAUAUUAUACACUUUACAAUACGCCGAACCCGGAAUUUGAUCCCCAACCUCGCGACCUGCAAUCGAAUGCAUUAACCACUCAACCGACAAAUCAGAUUAAAGGGUAUAAACGUUUAAUGGUCCGAGUUGAUUUUGCAAUAGCCCAUUGGAAAGGCUCCUCUGUACCACUUGUUCUGACCGACAAUUGA